GUGGGGGGGGGGGGCGGCGCCGUGUUUUGGCGGUCCAUACGUGUGAGGAGAAAUGGAUCCGGAAGUUGUGGCGUUCACCGUUCCUGCAGAGAGUAAUAAAGUGGUGUUUGUGUGGAACAUUACGGCCCGGCUCUCCGAGGGGGAGAUCUAUUGCUCCUUGAUGAAGGUGUUUUCUCAGUUUGGACCUCUGUACUGUCUAAAGCUUUUCCCAAACGCUGGUGUUGCUGAACCUGGUUAUUAUGCAGUUAUAAGAUAUUUCUCAUCACAGUGUGCCAAGAAAGCUCAUGUAUCGUGUGACAGGAAGUCUUUGUUUCAGGACACUCCUCUAAAGGUGCAGGUGUGCAAUAGAAAGAAAAGUCUGCAGUUCAAAUCACUGGAGCUUUAUGGCUACAAAUGCAAAGAGCUAGCUAACUAUUACUUGGGGUUCAAUGGUUGGAGCCAAAGAGUAAUUGCAAUUCAGAAUAUUACUGGCCUGGAUGAUGAUCCAGAUGAGGAAGGGGGUCCCAAGGAACAGGCAAAGUUAAGAUACCUAUGUGUAGUCGAGGUGAUCAUUCAUGACCGUGAAAUUCGCAGCAGGGGAGUCGGUGUCGCUGAGGAAGCUAUUGAGAAGCAGAACGACCCAGUAGAAUUUCUCUCUAAGAAUGGAAAAGUUCAGAAAUUUGCUGUUCAAAAGGCUCUCUCUAAUGCUUUUAAGAAGAUUUUAUUGGUGAUUUUUGACAAUGGGAAAGUUGCUGUGGAGUAUGUUCCUGAUGAAGAUGAUGCUGUAGAUUGUCUUACAGAAGAAGAGUUGCAGGGGCUCAUUCAGGUCAAUGAUUUUACCUGGGCAACCCUGGACAUAGGAGACGAGGAUGAUGAGGAGAUGCUGGCAAAUCUCAGUUUCUAUGACGAUACCUUGGCAGAUGGAGAAUAAGUGAACAUUUGUUUAGAGAAUUUGGCUGAUUUAUGUUAAAUCAUUUCUGUGCUGUAAAAAACAAUAUUAAAUUUCAUGUUAUUUUUUUAAA